UUUAACUUUUAGUAAUAUACAUCAUAAAAAUUAGAAUGUGUCUAAGAUAAGAAAGAUACCUGCUAGAUAAAAUGUACUCAUAACGUUUUAAUAUGUCAUUCAAAAGUACAUGUAUGCAUACGUGAAAUAAGAAUUGUUUGUUUAUAAACAUUCUCCUUUACUCUGACUGGAAUGCAAUAACAAUCGAUGAUAUCAUAUAACAAUGGUUUUAGAAACGUUCCAUGAAUUCUGCAAAAAUCUAUAUCAUUGUGCUGAGAAAUUAGAAAAUGAACUUAAAGGGAACAUCGACGAUUCCAAUGAAAUGAUAACAAAUAAAGAAACAAUAGAUGUUAAGUUACCUCUUCAAAAAGUAAAGGUUUACCACUACAGCGAAAUAAUAAAAUUAAUUAAACAUAUAGAAACUGAUUUAAAGAAAAUAUUAUAUCACGAGGAAUGCGUGAUUAAACUGGAAAAGACGAAAAAGUUAUCUGGAGAGGAGUUACAACACUAUUGUUCUACUGGAGAUGUCGAUGAACAAAACUCCAUCAAUGAUAAGUCUUUUGUUAGGCGGCAAAGGAGAAGAGCAGCUUCUGAGGUGUCUCUUUAUACUUUAAGUACGUGGGAGGCGUAUUUACAAAAAAAAUCAGAAGAGGAAAACAAUUUCAAAUCGGAAUCUGCGUCUGGAUUAGUGGAGAUUCCAAAAAGAAAUAAACCGAUGUCUAAAAGAAAAAAGAAAAAAUUCGUAUCUUCUACAUUUAACGAUAUCUUAGAAAUCGAUAGUCUUAAUAAAAGUGGUAUUAGUGAUACAUGUACAUCAAUUAUAGAAGAUGAUGAAUAUUUAGAUGACGAAGAGAUGAAUAAAAAAUUGAACAAAAAUUACAGUUGCAGCGAAAAUAAUUUAUUUGGGAAAACUAGAGACGUGAGAGAGGAAAAUUUAAGAUCAUAUGUUAGUGAAGCUCAUCUAGAAAGUACUAAACCGAAAAUAGUUGACAUUGUGGUGAGUAAUCUGAAUUUGAAAAUGGUCAAAAAUGAACAAAAAUAUUUAAGGAUAAAAAACGGUUUAUUUUGAUUUGCGGUAAUAGUACAAAACCUAUGAAGUUUUGGGUUAUAAAAAAGUACAAAUUUUGUAUCUUUCUUUUUUCCACAUAACUCCUCAAAAUUUUUUCGAUUAAAAUACUCGCAUUUGUUUUUUUUUACCUUAUUUUCACUUGUCAUCGAAAAAACGCGAUAAUUUUCAAUCCAAUUUUGAUAAACUUGAUCAUUAUAAUGGAUUUUAUAUUAUUAAUUAGAUUAAGAAGCAGGUAGAAUGCUUGUUGCCUUUUUUUGGUUGGUGUUGGGGCAAAACUCUUUAUAGUUCGGUCAAGUUAGAACAAAAAAUAAGAGUGAAGUUACAUAAACUCCCAUCAAGCUGAGAAUCAGUAAAAUUGUUUAAACUACAAUUGAUAAUAAAAUUUGAAUGUUCCUCAUCAUUUCCGUGUAUGGAAAAAAUUUUAUUCUUUAUUCAAGGUCAAAGAUUAAAAAACAGUUUGUCAUGAUUAUCAGCAAAACGGUAAGUUUUAUCAUGAAAAUACCUCAGACAAAAUUGUAGAUAGUAAAAUUAUCUACAAAAUACGUAUGAAUACUAUUUUCCUAUGAAGCACCGUUUCUGAGAUAUAACGAGUCAAAAAGUUGUAAAAGUUAUAAUAUUUCAAAUUUACUGUCGUAUUUAUAAUGAUUGCACGAUAAAUACCAAAGCUGCAGAACAACAUCGUCGAACUUUAGCAACAUCUUCGUCAUUUGAUAAUUUAUUUGAUGAACUUAUGACAGUUCCAACCAGUUACCAGAAAUUUCUUACAAAUACUCGCAACAAGUCUCGGUUCAUUUCAAUGUUGUAAGAAAGUUUACUGCUGAAAAUAUAUAAUAUAUUGGUGAAACCAUUAAAUACGACAAGUUUUUGAAUCAUUAUAUCUCAGAAACAGUGGCUUGUACGAAAAAAAAUAUUGAUACGUUUUUUGUAGAUAAUUUUAUAACCUACAAUUUUUGUCUGAGGUAUUUUCAUGAUAAAACUCACCGUUUAGCUGUAUAUUGCGUGAAACUAAUCUUUUUGACCUUUGACCUUGAAUAAAAUUUUUUCCAUACACGGAAAUCAUGGUGAACAUUCAAAUUCUAUGUUCAAUUGUAUUUUAAAGAAUUUUACUCUUUUAAUUAACCAAAAUAUGGAGGUGAAUCCACAUUAUAUGACUUCUAAUACUGUAACUAGCUUCUAGGAAAAUGCUCUCGACAACUUAAUAGCUUUAAAUAGUUUUAAAAGCAUUAAGCAGAAUACUCGAAUUGGAUAAAUCUCGCUAAUGUUGUUCUAAAGCCUCUUGAUAAAUUAUUAUUCUGGAAAUUACACAUAGUGUAAUAGUGCUUGUUUAUCACUCACACGGUGAAAACAACAGGUAUUAAAUGUAUGUAUUAUGAAAUUUAAUCAAUUUUUUUUUUCAUUUUCAGUAUAAAAAGAAGCCCAACGUAUUUGAUUGGAAUAAUGUUCGCAAUACUUUUUAUCCCGAUUCGGGUUGAUUGAAUCAAGUUGUAAAGGCAUUUUUUACAUUAAAUUAAAUUCAUUACUUAAA